GCCGGAUUUAUGUACCGUACACCACCAGCGCACACAAUGGUAGGCACCCGAAGUACUGCAGGCAAUAAGGACUGCAUGCAGACGGAGCAGCAUCCUCGUUCUGAACAGUAUCAAGAUACGCCACGGCCGAGUAAUAUGAAGCCUACAGAAGAGAAGACGGCGACCGUUAUGAGCACAAAUUCAAAAGCGGGUACUUGUAAAGAAGAAUGCCAACCGUCGACGCCCGUUACAACGAAGCGUGCAAAGUCCACGAAGUCUUCGUAUUCAUCUGUACUGGCACGUAAAAAGCAGUUAGAACUCGAUGCUGCACAGAAGAAAGCUAAAAUUCAAAUGGAAUUAAUUGACAAACAAUUGGAAGCAGACCUAGCUGAUUUAGAAGCAGAAUACAGUCCAGACCUAGAGGAUAAUCGCACCAACAUUAAUAGUAAUGUGGAGAGGUGGGUCGAGCACAGCCAGCAAGAAUUGGAAAACACACAGUUUGCCCACGAUCAUGGUUUUCAACAGGGUGACACGUGUCCGCCAGCAAUAGAUUCUGGCACUAAUGGUACUACAGUUCAGAUGCUAGCAAGCGCUCUAAAGAACAUGGCCGCCGCCUCUGCGAAUAGCAACUCGAAUGCUAAACUAUUGUCUCGAUUGAGCACGCCGAAGGAUUUGCCAUACUACUCAGGGGACCCCAUGGAAUGGCUGCAAUUUAAACAGGCCUAUGAAGAAUCGACUGAAGUCUGCAACUUCAAUCCGAAGGAAAAUUUAUGGCGUUUACGGAAAUGUCUACGUGGAGCCGCAAAGGAAGCGGUAUCAGCUUUACUCAUCAGCGCCGUAACUCCUGAUAAAUUAAUGGCGACACUGGAACUAAGGUUCGGUAAUCCAGAUAUAAUUAUAUCACGCUUGAUACAAGAAUUAAAAAAGUUACAUCCAGUGUCACAAGAAUAUCAAAAGGACAUUGUGUACUUUGCUGUGAAAGUGCAGAAUUUCGUGGAAGCAACACGAGCCGUCGGCCGCCAGGAAUAUUUACAAGGUAUAGAUGCAUUUACAUUAUUAUUAUCUAAGAUGCCAACUGUUCUUGUAUCUAAGUGGUCAGAUUAUAGUUACACAUUGUUACUAGAAAGAAAGAAAUCUAGAUUAGAAUUAUUAUCCGAAUUUCUAACUCAAGAAGCAGUAAAGAUUUCCGCAACAUCUAACUUAUGCUUAAUAAAUGCACGCAGCGAUAAAUAUAAAAAUUAUGAUAAUAAUAUAAGUAGCAGAUCACAUUCUGUUUUAGUACUGAAUGAUAAGUGUCAAUACUGUCGUGUUUCAAGACACGAUUUAACAAAAUGUACGCAGUUUAAAAAAGCGCUAAGAAAAGAUAGAUGGCGAUACAUUAAGCGUAACAAUCUUUGUUACAAGUGUUUAUUGUCAAGUCAUGAGCGCGAAACAUGUCCGGCGCCCGCCUGCGAUAAAGAUGGCUGCGGCGGAGCGCACCACCGGCUUCUGCACUACCCCGUACCCACCGGGUGCAGGACUAGCAACGUCACCGCCGAACAAGUGAACGAAUGUCCACCCGUGAGUGAAACUGUGACCCAUAUUAACGUAAAUAAUCAACAAGUGUUAUUAAAAGUAGUGCCGGUAAAAAUUCGUGGACCAUACGGUGUUAUUAAUACCACCGCCUUACUUGAUGACGGUUCAACUGUGUCGCUCAUAACUACCGAUCUCGCUAACCGCGCGGGACUGAGCGGCCCCAGCGACACAUUACGUAUGUGUGGUGCAUGGAAUAAUUCUGUAAAUUUAUGUAACACUACUGUUGUAACCUUUGAUAUUUUCUGUAAUUCAUAUGAUAAUAAUGAUGUGUAUACUGUAAAAGCUCGUACCAUAAAUAAUUUAGAUUUGCCUAUACAAGAUUUAUCUACUGUUAAUUACAACUUGUAUAAAAAUUUGCGUAAAAUUAAAAAUAAAUUGUGUGUAAAAAAAUUGAAACCUGAAAUACUAUUAGGGCAGGAUAAUUAUCAUUUGUUAAUUCCUUUGCAAACUAGUUUAGGUAAUAAGAAUGAACCCGUCGCUACACGCACUCCCUUAGGUUGGUGUAUACAUGGUUGUUUAGGUAUACCGGAACAUAAACAAUCGUCCCACUCGACCCUCCUUAUCUCUGAGUUACACAGCUUACCAGUCGACGAGAGCGAGCGCAUGUUACGAGACAUCCAUGACGAGGUGCGACGGUCAUUCACCAUCGAGUCCAUGGGAGUGUCAGGUAAGCCACGGGAGAAUGCUGAGGAUAUCCGUGCCCUGACAGUGAUGGAGCAAACUGCUAUACUCAUCAACGGCAGGUGGGAGGUUGGGCUACCAUGGAAAGAUGAAAGCUGCAGGAUGCCAAAUAGCUUCCCUAACGCUGUACGCAGAUUAAAAGGUAUAGAAAAGAAAAUUAUGUUAAAUACGGAAUAUGGUAACAGGUAUGUCGAACGUGUUAAUCAUUUAUUACAAAAUGAUUAUGCCAGAGAGUUGGAAGACUGCAGUGUCUCGCCACGGACAUGGUACUUACCACAUUUUGGGGUAGACAACCCAAAUAAAAAAAAACUACGUCUGGUCUUCGAUGCCGCAGCUGGCACAAAUGGUUUGUCAUUAAAUGACUAUCUACUGAAGGGGCCGGACCUACUUACAUCUCUGUUCGGCAUUAUGGUAAGAUUUAGGGAGAACAGAGUAGCGGUGACCGGCGAUAUAAAAGAUAUGUUUUUAAGGAUAAAGGUAAGAGAAGAAGACCAGAACGCACUCAGAUUUCUGUGGAGAAGCAGUCCUGCAGAACAUGAAAAAACGUACGUGAUGACGUCAUUAAUAUUUGGCGCGAAAUGUUCACCGUUCAUAGCUCAAUUUAUUAAGAAUAAAAACGCACUAAGGUAUGAGUCAUCGAUGCCAAACGCCGUAGCAGCGAUAUGUAAUCAACAUUAUAUGGAUGACUACAUAGACAGUUUGCCAGACGAGGCCGCCGCCAUAACAAUGGUACGUAAUAUUAGUAAAAUUCACAAAUCAGGUGGUUUUCAUAUUUGUAAUUGGACUAGCAACAGUCCAGCCGUAUUGGAUAGUAUUCCAAAGGAGUCCUUGGGUACUACGGCCGUAAAGUUCAAAAUAGAUCAAGAAUGCGAAGGUGAACGUACGCUCGGAUUGAUAUGGUACCCGCGCGAAGACGAGUUGGGGUUCGAUGUGUCUCUCAAGCGCAUACCACAUGACAUAAUUAAUGGUAAAAAUAGACCAACAAAAAGAGUUAUGCUCAGAGUCAUAAUGUCAAUAUUCGAUGUAUUUGGAUUCUUAUCGCCAUUUACUAUACAAGGUAAAAUAAUGUUGCAAGAUACCUGGCGCGCUGGAAUCAGCUGGGACGACUUAGUAACAGAUGACAUACAUAAAAAAUGGUGUCAGUGGGUCAAUGUACUAACGAGUGAAAUAAAAAAUAUCCGUCUGCCGAGGUGGUAUCAAGCAGCGACGAGUGGGAGCGAGUCAGCGAUAAAACGUAGCACAUCAGUUCAGGUAAACAUAACCUCUCUCACCUCUCUUACAUCUACAAGCGUAACCGAACGGGCUAUCGGCUACGAAACUGGCGUAGCUAAUAGCUGCGCUACGACAUCCCGCUGCAAUGACGUAGUUACAGGCGCUACGAAACAGGUUUUGGCUGGAAGUGAAUAUAGUAAUUUAGAGUUACACUUGUGUUGCGAUGCGUCGACUAAAGCAAUGUGCGCAGUCGCAUACUGGCGAUGGUACGUAAAUAAAGAUAUAUGUAUGUCAUUCAUAGCUAGCAAGUGCCGUGUCGCGCCCGUGAGUCAUACUACCGUGCCGCGUUUGGAAUUGCAAGCUGCUUUAUUGGCUGCGAGGUUGGCAGAUACAAUAAUCAGAGAACACAAAAUAAAUCCAGUAAGGCGUUAUUUUUGGUGCGACUCUAGUACCGUGCUACACUGGAUAUGUAAUAAUACACGUAGCUAUAAAACGUACAUAGCAAACCGGCUGGGUGAAAUAGACGAGCUAAGCCGCCCUGAGGAGUGGCGGUAUGUACCUACAAAAUUAAAUGUUGCUGAUCUCGCUACGAGAGAAAAUUACGACAAUUCUCUUUUUAAAAAUGAAUGGUUUAGAGGUCCGACAUUCUUAUACAGCGAUGAGUCAUCGUGGCCGGUGAAUAUAAUCGAUAAGAUAAAUGAAAUGAGUUUAGAACGAGUAAUGAUAAUACAACAUGAAGAUUGUAACUUACCUGUACCUGACCCAGGAAGAUUUUCAUGCUGGUUACGACUGGUGAGGGCUACGGCAUGUAUUCUAAAAUUUAUAUACAAGUGUAGAAAGCAGAUUGAGACUGUUUGCACAGUCAUGAAGAGGUCUGAGCGAUUGCUGCUAAAAUAUACACAAGAACAGUCAUUCGGUGAUGAAAUAGCUGCAAUUAAAAAUGGUAACUGUUUGUCAAAAGGUAGUAAGUUACUUACGUUAUCUCCAUUUCUGGAUGAGUACGGGAUUCUCCGUGUCGGCGGCCGCAUAGAUGCUGCACCGGAUGUUGAACCUGAAAUGAAGAGACCUAUCAUCUUGGACGGGCGUAGUCAGGUAUCUCAAUUAAUUGUUAGAUACAACCAUGUGAAGACAGCCCACGGGAACCAGGAAACCGUUGUAAACAACCUGAAACAGAAAUAUUGGAUUAUUAGAAUACGUCCAACCGUAAAACAUGUAGCAUAUAAAUGUAUGUUUUGUAGAAUAAAAAGAGCAAAACCACAGGUACCGAGAAUGGGAGAGCUGCCUGAAGCACGACUGGCUCAUCAUCAGCGUCCUUUCACACACUGUGGUCUGGAUUUGUUUGGACCCAUGGAGGUCACUGUGGGGAGACAUAGAGAGAAAAGGUAUGGAGUUUUAUUUACUUGUUUGACCGUCCGUGGAAUCCACUUAGAACUGGUGUCAUCACUUACCUCUGACUCCCUCAUUAUGGCUCUUCGUCGAAUGGCAGCAAGACGGGGUUGGCCUCGUAUGCUGUACUCUGAUAAUGGUACAAACUUGAGAGGCGCUGAUGCUGAGCUGAAGAAGUCUAUAAAUGAGGUAGAUUUUGAUAGGCUAACAAAUGAAGCAGCUAAUAAUGGAGUGGAAUGGACCUUCAUCCCGCCUGCCAGUCCCCACUGGGGUGAGGCAUGGGAGCGACUUAUUAGGAGUGUCAAGACUUCACUUAGGGUAAUUUUAAAAGAACGUGCACCACGUGAAGAAGUACUCAACACGCUCCUGACGGAAGUUGAGAAUAUUGUCAACAGUCGACCCUUGUCACAUGUAUCGGUAGAAGUAGGUAGUAGUGAGUCUCUAACUCCUAAUCAUUUUAUGUUGGGUUCGUCAUCAAAUUUGCCAACUGUUGGUGUAUUUAAUGACUCUGAUUUGUACCUACGUAAACAGUGGCGUAAGGCGCAGAGGCUCGCUGACAUGUUUUGGAAGCGGUGGGUCAGAGAAGUGCUUCCUGACCUAAUAUCUAGGCGUAAAUGGCAGUACGACCAGACACCGAUACAGGUAGGUGAUUUUGUACUUAUUGUCGAUCCUGAUGCACCUCGUAAUUUCUGGCUGAAAGCUGUGGUUCAGCAGGUGUUUCCAGGAAGGGAUGGUCGAGUUAGGGUCGUAGAACUGAAAACUAAGUCUGGCAUUUUGAAGCGGCCGGUGACGCGUGUCGUUCGUAUUUCGAUGGAUAAUGAGUGCUGAGCUAGGCUCAACACUGGGGUGGGGUGUGUAAGCGACGCGUUCUGUGCCUUAAAAAACAAAAUAAUUAAAAUGAUGUUUGUCUAUGUUAUUGUCUCUGCGUGCGGUGUCGUAGUCGUUUUUAAAAAACUUAUAACCGGCGCAACG